AUGGACACCAUCCAGCAGGUUCAGCAAACCCUUCAGGCAGGCCAGCAGCCACCCAUCACCACCACCACCACCACCACACUACCGCCCAAGCAGCCCAUCACCGUCACCACCGCGCAGUCGGACAUGAGCAGAGCGACCGGAGGAGGCCAGGCCAUCAUCGAGGAGUUCACCCUCGAGCGGAGGCGCGAGGAGAUCGUGAGCGAAGGCGGCGGCGGCUAUCGCUCCCUGGACGAGCUCGACCGCGAGCGAGAGCGGAAGCGGCAGGAGCUCUACCUUGAGGAGCGCCAGCGCGAGAAGGGCGGCGCCGGGGCUGGCCGGAUCGAGAUCUUCGACGAGAGGCAGCAGCAGCAGCAGCAGCAGCAGCAGCAGCAGGGCAGUACGGGCGGCGGCAUGGUCGGCGCGGGCUACAAGUCGCUGGAGGAGCUCGACCGGGAGCGAGAGCGGAAGCGGCAGGAGCUCUACCUCGAGGAGAAGCAGCGCGAGAAGGGCGGCGCCGGCGCCCUCGGGGCCGACCGGAUCGAGGUCAUCGACGAGAAGGACCUGAAGACCACCGGCGUCAUGGCCCACCCGGCCCGUGCGACCGCGACCGGGCUGCGCUCCCUGCUGCCGACCUGGUCGUCGACCACGGGGGCAGCCGCCAGGCCGGCGUCGGAGGCCGACCAGCGCCUGCAGCACGCGGCCAAGGAGAUGAGCGAGGCCCUCGUGCUCAAGGCCGGCGAGCUCAAGGACAGCGCCGUCCACAUGACCAGCUCCCUGGGCAAGAAGUACAGCACCUACCUGCCUGCGCGCUUCAGCAAGGCUUACGGGGCAGGGAUGACGGAGUGGGAGCGGUACGGGAGGAAGAUGGACGAUGCCAACAGGCUCCUGGUCAAGGCGGAGCGGAUAAGCAACGAGGCCAAGAACGCGCCGCCCAGCAGGGCGGCGGAGCUGUACCUGAAGGCCAACAAGAGCCGGCAGAAGGCGCUCCAAAAGGCGAUGGCAGCGCAGGAGCUGGCGGGCCAGAUGAAGCGCGCCAUCGACGACAAGCUCUACCAGAUCCAGCGAGGCCUGCCCCUGCAGCGCGACAUCUGGGAACUGUACGGGGCCACCCGGCUGCGCGCCCAAGAGCUCCUCGACCGGGCCGAGGCCCUCCAGCGCGAGUCGAACGCCACCACAGACAAGACGAAGGCGGCUGAGUUGCGCAACGACUCGAUCCACGUCCGCAAGAAGGCCAUCAGGAAGGCUCGGAAGGCGCAGAAGUUCGCCGAGGAGAUCCAAAGACAGAGCGAGCUGAGGGUGGAGGAGCUGAAGCAGAGGUCAAUGGGCAGCACCUCCCUCGGGAGCGGAACUAGCGGCACCAGCAGCGGGGCCAGCUACUAG